AUGAGCGGGCCUGCUCAACGACGCAACAGCCCCUUCGCAAGGUCAUGGAACUCGGCCACGCCGUUACCAGGGCCAGCGCCUAAUCAACGACCACAGUCCACCAUCGUCUCCUCGCCCUUCGCCGCCGAGCCGGAAGUCAAGAUGGGGCACCUACGGCAUCAGUCUCUCUCACACCUGAGCGGUCCAAUAUUUGGCCGCAGCGACUCGACACGGUCACGCGCGAGCACCAUCCGGAACGGCACGCCCAUGGGCACCUUCGCGCCGCAAUUCAUAUCCGAAGACACCCAGGACACACCCAAACUCGGCGGCAUAGUAGAAGGCGAGAAUGACUUCUCCGGCAAGCGCUAUGUCUGGCUUAGGGACCCCACUACGGCAUUUGUUAGGGGCUGGGUUGUCGAAGAGCUGCCUGGCGGACGGCUGCUUGUCCAAUGCGACGAUGGCACCCAGCAAGAGGUCGACCCGGACACAGUCGACCCCGUCAACCCGGCCAAGUUCGACAAGGCGGGCGAUAUGGCAGAGCUCACACAUCUGAACGAACCCUCGGUCAUCCACAACCUCCACAUGCGAUAUCAGGCGGAUCUGAUAUAUACUUACUCGGGCCUAUUCUUGGUCACUGUCAACCCUUACUGCCCGCUGCCGAUCUACUCGAGAGAAUACAUCAACAUGUACCGGGGGCGGGGGAGAGAAGAGACAAAACCCCACAUCUUCGCCAUGGCAGACGAGGCUUUCCGGAAUCUCGUCGACGAAGGCACCAAUCAGAGCAUUCUCGUGACCGGAGAAUCUGGCGCUGGUAAGACCGAGAACACGAAAAAGGUCAUUCAGUACUUGGCUGCAGUCGCAAACUCGGACACACCACGAGCGAGAUCGGGAGGACGCAACAUCUCCAAUCUGUCGGAACAGAUAUUACGAGCGAAUCCGAUCCUCGAAGCCUUCGGAAACGCCCAAACCGUACGGAACAACAACUCGUCUCGUUUUGGAAAGUUUAUCAGAAUCGAGUUCACCCGAACUGGGCAGAUCGCAGGUGCAUACAUCGACUGGUACUUACUCGAAAAGUCGCGAGUGGUGAGACUCAACUCCAAUGAGCGCAAUUAUCACGUCUUCUAUCAGCUGCUUCGUGGGGCAGAUAGCACGAUGAAGCAAGAAUUCCUGCUGAGCGACAAGGACACCGAAGAUUUCGACUACACAAAGCAUGGCAACGACGCUAUUUCUGGUGUUUCGGACCGCGACGAAUGGAACGCCUUGAUCGAAGCUUUCCACAUCAUGGGAUUUACCGACAAAGAGCAGAUCUCAAUUCUCAAGACUGUCGCAGCCGUCUUACAUCUCGGCAACAUCAGGGCCAUAAAGGAAAGCCGGCGAGCAGAUCAAGCUGCACUCGAUCCAGAAGCUACCGCACAUACGCGGAAAGUGUGUCAACUGCUCGGCAUACCGGUUGACGACUUCAUCAAGGCACUGCUUCACCCUCGUGUCAAGGCUGGCCGAGAGUGGGUCGAGAAGGUGCAGACUCCCGAGCAAGUCAACCUUGGCAUUGAUGCUCUAGCCAAAGGUAUCUAUGAGCGUGGUUUCGGUGACCUUGUCGACCGAAUCAAUCGCCAGUUGGAUCAAGCAGGUUCUGGUGGCGAUGACUCCCGCUUCAUCGGCGUUCUCGAUAUUGCAGGUUUCGAGAUCUUUGACGAGAAUAGCUUCGAACAACUUUGCAUCAAUUACACAAACGAGAAGCUGCAGCAGUUCUUCAACCACCACAUGUUUGUGUUGGAACAAGAGGAAUAUGCGCGGGAGCAGAUCGAGUGGAAGUUCAUUGACUUCGGACGGGAUCUUCAGCCGACCAUCGACUUGAUUGAACUACCCAAUCCAAUCGGUAUAUUCUCUUGCUUGGAUGAAGACAGUGUUAUGCCAAAAGCGACAGACAAGUCCUUCACCGAAAAACUCCAUUCGUUGUGGGAUCGCAAAAGCACAAAGUACAAACGCUCUCUUCUGGCACAAGGUUUUGUGCUCACUCACUAUGCCGCUGAAGUUGAAUACUCCACAGAAGGCUGGCUAGAGAAAAACAAAGACCCGCUGAACGACAACGUUACGCGCCUUCUGGCAGCUUCCAUUGACAAACAAAUUGCAACCCUCUUCGCAGACUGCGCAGAGCCGGAUGAUGGAAUGGGAGGCGCUCGCAAUCGCGUCAAGAAGGGUCUUUUCCGGACAGUCGCACAGCGCCACAAGGAACAGCUCUCAACACUGAUGACCCAACUUCAUUCCACACACCCUCAUUUCGUGCGUUGUAUACUUCCGAACCACAAGAAGCGACCAAAGCAAUUCAGCGCCCCUCUGGUCCUUGAUCAGCUCCGGUGCAACGGUGUGUUGGAGGGUAUUCGAAUUGCGCGCACAGGUUUUCCGAACAGAUUGACGUUUGUUGAAUUCCGACAACGAUACGAGGUGCUCUGUAAUGACCUCCCCAAAGGAUACAUUGAAGGACAAUUGGUUGCAAAGAUGAUCUUGGAGAAGCUCAACUUGGACAAGGCUCUCUAUCGCGUUGGUAUCACCAAGGUGUUUUUCAGGGCUGGUGUUCUUGCUGAACUGGAGGACCAACGUGAUGCUCUUAUUCGAGAUAUCAUGAUUCACUUUCAAUCCGUUGCUCGAGGCUUCAUCCAGCGGCGACUCGCCCACAAACGCCUCUACCGCGCCGAGGCGACCCGUAUCAUCCAGCGCAACUUCCAGGUCUACCUGGAUCUUCAAGCGGACCCAUGGUGGAGGCUGUUCGCGCGCAUGAGACCUCUGCUUGGUGCCACUCGCCAAGCCGCAGAGGUAAAGAAGCGUGACGAAAUGAUCCACGCCUUGGAGGAGAAGAUGGAACACGAGGCCGCAGAGAAACAGCGAGUCGAAGAUGAACGCAGAAGAGCUGAGAUGGACAUUCAACGCAUUCAGAAGACACUUGAAAGCGAACGAGCUCUUGCACUGGACAAGGAAGAAAUUUUCAAGCGUCUUCAAUCGCGUGAGGCUGAACUGGCGGAGAAGUUAGCUGGUGCUAUUGAAGAUCAAGACAAGCUUGAAGAUCAGUUGGACGAGUUGUUGGAAGCCAAGAAGCAUAUUGAAGAUCAGGCCGAAGUCUGGAGUCAGGAGCUCGACCAAGCCGGCCAACUCAUCAGCAACCUGGAGGGCGAGAAGCAGGAUCUCGAGGAGCAGCUUUCCCACUUGGAUCAGCAGCUACAAGCUUUGGAAGUUGCUCAUUCACAGAGCAGCAAAGCGGAAGAAGCUUUGAACCAAGAGGUACAGCUGCUCAAGAGUCACCUGACUUUGAAAGAGAGAAAGGUCGAAGAUCUGGAAGCAAAGCUCCUCAAGAUUGAUCAAGAUCUGGACGUCAAGCUUGCAGCCUCCGUCAAAGAAGUGCAAGCGGGUAAGAAAGAGAUUAGAGAGUUGGUCGACGAAAACCGCCAGAUUCGGCAACAGCUUACCGACCUCUCCACAACCUCUACGAGUUUUGAAGAUAUCAUCCGACGAAAAGAAAGCGAACUAGCCAUCCUGAAAGUCGACCUCAGGACGUACGAGUCUGACCGUCGGACUUUCGACGCAGAAAAGCAAACGCUAGCCUCCAAACACGAUGACCUACAAAGCCGAUUGCGUGAGGCCAAGGCAGAACUGGAUGCCAUGCGCUCAAAAACACAGCAACUGGAGCGCGAGGCUGCCGAUGCCAAAAGUCUUCUCGAGGAGAAGAUAUCUGAGGAUGCACAGUACAGCGAAGGUCGCAAACUCGUAGAGCAACAGAUCGAGGAUCUCAAGACUGAGCUCUUCCAAGUACAGAAAGAACUCAGUCGAGAAAGACAAUCGCGCGACGAUGUUGAAAUGCUUGGAGAGCACAGGUACGAUACAUUGAAGCGCGACUAUGAAGCGCUGAACGAGUCGAAAAUCACCAUUGAGAAAGAGAUGUAUGCACAACAAGAUAUCUUGCGCCGAGCUACGGAAUCCCGUACUUCACUCGAGAGCGAGCGAAAAGAGUAUCAGGAUGAGUUGCGCACCCUUCGCGAGCAAUAUCUCACAUUGCAGGAAGAGAAGCUGAAUGCCGACAUCGAGGCGGAGCGCGCGCAGUCACGACUGGCUUCGGAGCGACAAGCCACCCAGCAACAAGAUCUCGAGGAGAAGGAUCAACAACUUGAUCAACUCGAGGCAGAACGCAACGACCUCGCUGAGCAAGUUCACAACUUGACCCAGAUGCUUGCUGAGUCUGAUUCAUUCAGAGAUCGCAAUGACCAGCAAAAAGAACGUCUGGAACGCGAACUGGUCACAAUCAAGGGCAGGCUAACAGCAUCGGAGAACGAUAACCGUGCAUUGCUCAACAAGGUGCAACAGAAGAACCUGGACAUCGCACGAUCCAACUCUCGCGCUGGAGAAACUCAACGUUCCAAAAUUGUGCAACUUACAGCGGAGAAGGGGAAAGCGGAGGAAGAGAGCAAACGUUUGUUCCGCCAGCUUGAAGACUCUCAACUUACUAUUGCCUCUUUGGAAAAGCAAAAGGAGAAAUUGUCACUCAGUCUCGAGGACCUGAACCACGAAGUGACGAGAGAGCACAAGAGUAGUCGCAACGCGGAGAUGGCUUCUUCCACAAUCAACAUCCAACUUGCGGACGUGAACCGCAAGCUUGAGACAGAAAGACAAUUGCGCACGCAGGCUCAGGCAAACACGCGUGCGGUGCAGACGUCACUCGAAAACAGCAAUAGCGAGCUGGAAGAAUGUCACAGGCAGCUUGUCCUCCUGCGCAAAGUGUUCGAUCCGGAAUCUGCGGAUGUAACCUUCACGUAUGAGGCUGCCAAACCGGAGAUCACCAAGGCUGUAGACAUGGCGGAGCGCAUCGAGGCUGCGAACCAAGCUCUUCGUGUAGCAACAGAACGAUACUCGCGGGCCGAGGCUCAAUUGGACGAACUCAGAGAAAGGCAUGAGGGAGAACUUAACGACAUGGAUGCGCGUCAUGCUAAUUCGAAGCGUAACCUGUUGGAAGAGAUGAACAGCAGCCAGGUGAACCAGGUGAACGCCCGUCGAUCGCCUACACAUGUGCGGAAGGACGGCGAAAACCGGAUACCAUUUUCAAGGACAAACACUCCUAACAACCAGCGUCACCUUAGUAAUGAUACCAACGAGUCUGCGCAUUCCGAUCAUACCGUUGAUACCGUUGCGUACAACAACCGCAUGGAUAUGGCUGCCGAGCUUGAGCUAGUUCAGAACCAGCUGCAGAUGUCUGAAAUGCGCAACAAGCAUUUGCAGGGCCAGAUGGAGAUGUCUCCCGCUCGCAAUGCUUGGCAAGACGAUAGCCCAUCUGUUCGACGGGUUCAGAAGCUCGAGCGCGAAAACUAUCGACUACACGACAUGCUCGACGACUCUGCCAAGAAGGUGUCCACGUUGGAGCACAGUCUCCGCUCUGGACAGCUAUCAUACCAGGAAGUGCAAACCAAAUCUCAUGAAGAGCUUUUCGAUCUGAUUAAUUCGCAAGAACAUUCGCGGAAGUCAAUCGUACAGGCACAUAACGUUGCUCUCAACGAGCUUGCCGGUGCGAAAACCGCAUUUGACGAUAUCAAGCAAGCCAAGGCCGCCCUGGAGAUGGAACUUCGGGAUAUACAAAUGGAUUUCGAUGACAUGGCUAUGGAUCGAGAGCAAGAGCAAGCCAAUCACAACCAACUCCUGCAGGAAUUCGCUGAUCUGCAGAUACGACUAGACAAUGAGACUUCUACUCUGGUUGACGUACAAUCCAGCUUGAGCCUGUACAAGAGCAGGGCUGAUGAGUACUUCAACAAACUCGAACAGGCGGAGAUCGCAGUCUUGAAAGCUUCAAGAGCUGAGCAGUUUGCGAAAACUCAAGCUCGUGAAGCUGAGGAGACCUGCGCUACGAUUAUGGCCGAACGCAAGGAGAUCGACGGCAUGGUCGAGGACUUCCAAAGACAGGUCCAGCAGUAUGAGGAGCGCGUCGAAGAUCUCUCGACAGAUCUAGAGACGGCAUUGCAAGCCAAGAAGCGCCUCCAAAACGAGCUUGAGGACUACAGAGGCCAGCGUGCUCACGACAUCGAAGACAAUGAGUCGUCGCUCGAGCAGACGCGGAAGAAGUACCAGUCCGAGCUCUCGACACUGACGCACGAACUUGAUCUGGAACGCGAGAACGUGAUCUACGUGAAGACCCAAAAUGGACAGCUGCGCGAGGAAAUCGAAGCGAUGAGGAGCAAAUGGGAUGAUGAGGUUCUCAACUCGUCCACCUGGGCAAAGGAGAAGAGCCGUCUCGAGAUGACGCUGCAGGUUAUAUCGAACUCCCGUGACGAAGCAGCGAACGCGCAUAACGAUGCUCAAUCGAAGAUCGUGAACCUAUUGUCGCAGGUUCGCACACUCCGCACGAAUGUCGAUGAUCUCGCUGCAGAGCGUGACUCGGCUAUCGAAGAGAAGAGGCGCCUCGAGUCACGCCUACAAGAAGCAGCAAACGCACUUGAGGAUCUUUCUCACUCCGAGUCUCCAGCCAUGCGGCAUGCUGCUUCCUACGACCGCGAGCUCCUAGAGGUGAAAUCUGGUCUUGCUCAGCAGGAAGACAUUGCUGCUGCUGCAGUUGGCAAGAUGCGCCGGGCUGAGGCUCUGGCGCAAGAGCUGCAGAAGGACAUUAUUGCUGAAAGGGAAGCGAACGUUCAACUGCACAAGAGCAAGGCUUCCGUGGAGAAGAACUUGAAGGAUCUUCAACUUCGUCUUGUGGACCUGGAAACCAAGGGAUACAGCGGUUCUGCUGGAAAAGACGUCAGGUUUCUCCACGGACGAAUCCAAGAGCUCGAGCAUGCCCUUGAAAAUUCGGAGUCGACGCGCCUUGUCGAAUCCCGCAGCGUCCGUAACGUCGACCGCACGGUCAAGGACCUUCAGACUCAGAUCGAGCGUCGCGACAAGCAAAACGCUUCCAUUACUGAGGACCUCAACAAAUCUCGUGACAAGAUCUCCAACCUCCUGGCUGCAAUCGAUGAACUCCAGUCCUCAGACUCAACGAAUCAGCUCGCCGCUAAGCGCGCCGACCGCGAACUCCGUGAGGAAAAAGAGAAGAACCUACGUAUUGAGCGUGAGCUUGAAGGUUGGAAGAACCUUCGUGCAGAGAGGAGAAGUGUGUUGGGUGUUCCCGGUGCUGCGGCGAGUGAUGCAGGUGAUGUGAGGAGCAGAAGGGGGAGCUCUAUUGGGCUUGAAUUUGGGGGAGUUCCCGCCAACGACAAAGGCAAAUACGGGAGCGUCCGAAAGAAUGGGAUCUCUGAGGGGCGGAGAGUACGGAGGUCCCAGAUGAUGAGAUUUGACAAGCUGCAUCCGUGCAUUGAGGAAGAAGAGGAUGCAGAGGUGGAAGAGCCAGUCGAGCGAUACGAUGUUAAAGAGCCAGGUGUAAUAGAGGGGUUGGAUGGAGUUGGUGCUGGUGAAAUUCCUGAGGGUUUUGAGGAGAUCGAAGUGGAGAUCUCGGAUAGUGAGGGUGAGCGUGAAGACGGCAAGGGUUUGUGUGGGCUGGGACGGAAGAGGACUAUAAGGUUGGUAAUCCGAUCUAGGGCGUUUCUGUGA